AUGAGUGGCAAUAGAUCAUACAACAAUGAUUCAAAUGCAGCACUGAGAAACGACGGAGAUGAUGGUCAUCAUGCCCGAUUAUCUGACUAUCCAUCAGUACAACAGAAACAGCAUAGAGAAGCUGAUAGAAUGGGUGCGACCCGGUCGUCGCAAUAUACAGGUCAACAGCAGUUAUCACAUCAUCAUCUAGGUCAUCAGCAGAUGCCUCAGUGUGCUCCUCAUUCCUCAACGAAUGAUGACAGAGAUAGACUUAUCUCACGCUCUCAUCAAACAGCUGCAGCUGUCGGUAGCUCUUCGCCGUUGAUAUGGAAAUACACGGUAACAAAUGAUGUUCAAUCCUUGUAUAAUACUGAAGAAGCUAAAAGUUACACUCAGGAAGUUGCUAAUAUAUGGCAGCUACAACGAUAUCAAAAUGGUAUAGACUUUGUUGCAACAUUGAUGAGAGCAAUUGAUCAACGAGAAAAGCCAGAAGUUGCCUAUGAUUAUUUAUAUACAAAUGAACGUGGUGAAGAUUUUUAUAUUCUUGUAAUUAUUCGUAAAACUGCAGACUCAGUCGAUGUCUGCUAUUCAUAUCAAUCAAUUACAAUGGAAGAAAGAAAGGCAGCCGGUGGCAUCCUAUUAUCAGAACGAAAGUCAGUUUCUUGGUUGAAACAAACUGCUAUUAAGAAUUUGAAUGCACACACCCAUAUUUUAAAAAGCUUUACAGAAGGUUCACCGAAUGAACAGAGUCGUGUUCGAGGUGGUGCUGCGGCUGUCAGUAUGUCUGGAUAUGAUCCACAAGCAACUGCCUGUCAACGAGGCAGCAAAAAAUGA